GUAAUGAAUUACGUACACAUGACAACUAUUAUACUACAGAUAGAACGAGCGUGUAGGAUGUAUUACAUGCGGGUAAAGUGUCAGACAAGCCAUGCAGUCGCAACGACAGCUACAAGAAUCAACGUUCAGGCAAUGACGUCACGUAUGGUUACGCAUGCUGCAUUUAAAAUACAGGUCCGGCCCAAGGUUAUCGAGUGGCCCAGGCAACUCAGUGUCGCUUCAUACGCCUGCAUGGUGCACGGAUCUGAGCAUUCUCCGAGUUUGUUCAGGGCGCCAACGCACGCCUCUGCAGCUCAGCGCGUGUUGUCGUCGGUACCUGCCGGUACAAUGGGAAUUUCUGGUACAUGUAUGCUGUCCUCGUCGCCCUCCCCAUCAUCCAACUCUGCUUGUCCACCUCCGUUGUUCGCUUCAACUUCAGGAGGUGCGCAAGCUUCGAUUUCUUCAUCGUCAUCCCUCGACGGGAACCAGGGAGUUAGGUGAGGAAUGGCCGAGGUGCGUGAUGAGGGGUGACGGGGCGAGAGGAGGACAUGCUUAUACUAGUGGUGUUGGGUGUGUGAACGAGAGGAUGCAUCCUCCCUCCCAAACUCAGUUCCUCAACACCGCGUGGAAGCCAUUUGCUGGAUGGUGCAGGCGUCUGAACAUUCCCCGAGUUGGUUCAGGGCGCCGAUGCAUGCGUCUGCAGUUGAGCGCG